GAACCCAGGGAGACCCCUAAAAUCGAAGCCAAAAACCGUGAUAGCGAUGAUGAAGAGAGGGACUGUGGCAAACUUAUAGGGUAUUCAGAAAGAGGACGUUCGGUGCGACAAGAAACCAACAAAGACAUAUCAAAGGAACCAUCAACUAGCAGGUAAGAAACAAGAAAAAGCCUUUUCCGCAGAUUCUGGAUUAAAUUGAAUUACACUGACGUACAUUUUGGCCGCUUUAACUAGUGUUUGAUACCUCAGUUGACCAUAGGCCUUAUUUUUAUUGUUUUCCAUAAUUGAAUUCCUUUGAAUGCCUUACUUUGCCUGUAAAUGCCUCCGAAUGAACAGGUGUACGCGGAAAAAAUGGGGAUCAUUUCGGGUCGGGAUCAUUUCUUGGCAGAUUUUAGAUUUUAGGUAGAUUUUGUCGCGGAUAAAGUCGCACAUAAGUAGAUUUAUAGUUCUAGGUUCGAGGUUAAUCUUGGUUCGUACACUACAACAGUUUGUCCACUGAAAAAAAAUUAUUUGUCAAUCACGUUCUUGCCUACAUCUACGUCCAUAACUUGCAAAAUCCUAAUCAGGAGAGUUUGCAAAUAAGACAUAAAACAACUAGUUGUGAGACCGAUGCAAUAUUCUCACCUGGCAAGUUGUUCCAGUCAUGGAUCCUCGUUUCUUUUACACAUUUCAUGAGGCUUGGAGUGGCAUUUAUUUGAGGAGGUGGAAGCGGUGGGUUCGGGGCAGGGUCUGGUCCUAAUAUCACAUAUUUAAGGUGGCCCGAACCUAUUUAUAUGCGUGUUGGUUAUGUUUUUGAUUAGCGUAUUUCGGAAUGAAAGAUUCAACCGAUUUCUAUGAUUUUUGGCAUACCAAAUAAAUAAUGAUGGAGCCUUAAGAAAAUGUUAUUUGUUUUCCUGUAGAUAUAAAAACCUUUGAGAUAUCGGCAUAUAUUUAAAACGGCAUUUUUCUAAAAAUGUAAAUGGCUUUGAAAUCCCACGACAGAUUUUCCCCUAACUUCAGCAAAUAAGCCUCAGAGCUCUCUAGCUUUACAUCUGCAAGUUUGAGGGCAAUCGUGACCGUAGAACUCGCUCCACAAAAUGCUGGUCAAAUUUAACCUUAAAAUGCUACGCUAACACAUUUGUGAAAGUUGACGCACGAAUAGGGGUAGAGCGCCGACAGACUAUCUCCUAUCUGAAAGGAUAUUCCUACCUAAAGCUUUAUUGCAAUAAACAGAGUCAAAUCAGAAACCUACGACGAACAUAGUUAAGACUACAAGAAGAACAACUUUAAGCUGAGUGCGCGGCAAUAUUAAAGAACUUCUAUUCAUCAAACCUACGUUGUAUUUGUCUCUCUCUUUUGGAAAGAAAUAUUAACAAAGCAAAAUAUAGCGUCUACUAAAAGCUGGCAAGAGUUUUUAGCGUCGCAGGUUCCCGUUUUGAAGAGAAAUAAGGCCACCAACUCCAGUACGUCUAACAUCCAUUUUUCAGCUGCAAUAAAAACCCUUGUAUUUGGUAAUUUGUUCAAGCUUUUUAGACUUACUUUAGUCACUAACGAGUGACAAGGACGAAGAUGAUCACAUAUCUCUAUCUAAAUUUUCGCCAAUAACAUUUCCAGAGUUUCAACAACUGCAAGUUACGUAAAUAAAUAUAGCCGUGUCCUUUACUGUAAAUAAGCGGGAAGACUACUGAGUCUCUAAGGAGGAAACUGCUAGACUACCUUGAGUAGAGUCCCGCUCUGACCACUGGCUGGAUUUGUUUACGCUAGUCCCGAGUUCAAAUCUUCUGCCGUGCUUGCAAAUAACCAACUGGUUGCCUCCUGCCAGUUGUGGUGUUUAAUCCUGUUAUGUUAUGUUUAAAUUAUGUGUUUCUGAUCAUUUGAUCAUUUGCUUGUGAACUAGCUGGAUAGUCUAAGUGCAGUUUCCAUUAUAAACAAACCUUUAACAAUGCUAAUACCACGUUUGGGCAAAGUUUGAAACAUAGUACCUUUAACUAUAAACCGACAUAGAAAGCAUGCAUAUUUUACUGUAACAUUUGUUUUUGUACCUUUAGUGGACCUGGAGAUUCACGCGGAGGCCUCGGGAGUGCUGUUUCUGGUUAUAGCUCAUUUUUAUCCAAAGAGGUGAGCAAGCAAAAUUUAAAACAAAUGACCCAUUUCUUAAUUGUUGUUAUCCCGUUCGCCGCUGAACCGCCGAAACCACCCAUGUCCCUUCUACUGCUUGUGAAAUCAUUCGUUUUGAACGGUCAAGAACAACAAAGUCAUCUAUCAGGGGGAAGAGGUCUUUCAAACCAUAGCAGAAUGGGCAAAAUUCAGUCAAGGAGGCCGGAGAAAAAGGCAACAAAAAAAAAACAUUGUAAAGUUGACCCGAAAAUUCCGAUGAAAAUCUUGUUUGACCAGCACACAGCUCAACUAUUGUAGCUUCAAAAGGAGAUUUUCGGCAAUAUUUCUAGGAGCGAAUGGGUUCACAACCAUUCAAAUCAAGAUUACUUUUAAUUAAUUUGCGCGCGAAUUGAAAUUUAUUUUUAAGUAUGGGUACGAGGGCUUUCUAAUAUUUUGCAUACAGUCCGACUGUAUGCAAAAGCUUUGCCCAUCACUGACUCAAGAAUGUAUUGGUUAUGCUUACUGACAGGUAAAAUUUCUUCCUCUUUAACAGGUUACUUCACUGCAUCCUGACUCCUGUCCAAAGUCAGAAGGUAACUAUAGUAGUGCAUUAAAACUGGCUAGAGGACAAGGCUGUCAAGCGUAUUAGCGAAUUUAUAUAUGGUUGAUACUCAUUAAUUUCCCCGCGUAGCGAAGGUUCAUUAAUUUUGUCGAAAUUUAAUUAGCAGCGUGGAGCAGUAGUCUUAGAAACGACCUUACAUGCAGGUGGUCAGGGUUCGACUCUCGGCUUUUUUGCCAUUUUGUUUUGUUUUUGUUGUUGUUUUUUUAACCAUUUUUGUUACCUGUUGGCUUGUUUCCCUGUAUUCAUACGGCUGACUCUUUACAGCUGCACGAGGUGUUGCGAUUAACGUAUUUUUAGUAUAUUAUAGGAAUUUCUUACGUAGUCGGCCAAAUUUUGUGAGGUUUGGAGGGUUCUUUUUACCGGAGUAUUUCUCGCGAUUCGUCGCGUCGCCCGUGCCAAGCCCUCAGAUAGUAGGGACGUCGAGAAAACAAGGUCAAGGGAAAAUAAGACACGCGUGAGAUGGGGAAAGGGAAAGUGCGCCUUCUCUCUCCUCAGCUCCCGCGCGUUAUUUGCAUCAGUUUUCAUAUCGCUGAACCUUUCUCCCUUGGAGCCUGAAACAGGAGGGCUAGGGUAUUUGUCCUGUGACAAGAAUGGCAAUUUCGUUGCAGUGCCACAUUGUGAGCGAUAUCAGGGCGACUUUUCACCUUCAUCCAUGUCCAAUACUCACCACUUGUUCAAGUCGUGAAGCCUGAGAUUCUAGUGGUACAAGUCGUAGGAAAAGUUGUAGUGGAAAAAAAUUUACUGACUACAAGUCCGUUAACAUAGAUGUGCCUCAAUGGACAGUCACCUGAUCCCAUACGUUUUUUUUCUAUUAUGAUCAAUGAUAUCAAGUGUGCAAAUCCGUCCAAUAUUUUGGUCUAAUUUUCAGAUGAUUAAAUUGUUAGCAUUCCAGUUGUAGAGUAGCCAUGUUGUCGAUAACUCCUCAACCAUUGCGAGUAGUGAAGUCCAACCUCAAUGAUAUGACGCUGAGUUUAAAUGGGAAGUGAUGGUAAAAGGAAAAACACACAAACCGCUAUCAUCUUCUGUCGCAACCACUGAAUGCAAGGAAAAUAUGAGGCUACUUGGUAUCACCUUUCCUAAUAGUCCGACAUCGGAACGUUUCCAUCUUUGAAAUGGUCUAAGCGUGUCCAAGUGACAAGGCGAUGCCGGACAAUCAAUGUAUCGUCCUAAUCCGAAAUCGGAAAUUUACCAUCUUUGAAAUGGUCUAAGCGUGUCCAAGUGACAAGGCGAUGCCCGACAAUCAAUAUAUCGUCCUAGUUGAUAUUAUGCUCCUGUGUGGCGACUUUCACCCUCAUUUACUUGGGCCGUUUCAAGACAGCGAGAAAAUUGCAACUGGAGACAUUAAACCGUCCACGGAUCACACAAGAAAGAAUCGAAAACAUCUCAUGUCCGUCUCCCACCUUACCGUUCGCUCCGUUGCGUCGCGCGAAAAUUUGUAUCUUCUUAAACAGACAGUUACCGAUAACCACUUCUAUAUCUUUACAGUCUCUGAGUCUGGGCUGGACCCUAUAGUAUACGACGCGGAUAUUCUUUGUCGACACAUGAGACUUUCAGGCAAGAUCGAGGGCCACACAGGAGAGGCGUUGCACUACUCGUCUAUGUUAAAAACAUCUACAAGGCCUGCGUGAUUGAAAAAUGGUCCUCAGUGUCUGAAACCAACAACUAUGGUUCAAAGUGCUGUGUAAGUUUACAGGCCACCGGAUGCCCCAAUCAGUUUCUUAGAAAACUUAAGCGAAACGUUUGUAGACUUUUUGCUACAAAAGUACUAAUUCUUAGAGAUCUUAAGGUGGCCCGAACCUAUUUAUAUGCGUGUUGGUUAUGUUUUUCAGAAUGAAAGAUUCAACCGAUUUCUAUGAUUUUUGGCAUCCUUAAUAAACAGUAAUGGAACUUUAAGAAAAUGUUAUUUAUUUUCGUGUAGGUAUAAAACCUUUGAGAUAUCAGCAUAUAUUUAAAACCGCAUUUUUAAGAAAAAUGUAAAUAACUUUGAAAUCUCACGACAGAUUUUUCCCUAACUUCAGCAAAUUAGCCUCAGAGCUCUCUAGUUUUACAUCUGCAAGUUUGAAGGCAAUCGUGACCGUAGAACUCGCUGCACAAAAUGCUGGUCUAAUUUAACCUUAAAAUGCUACGCUAACACAUUUGUGAAAGUUGACGCACGAAUAGAGGUAGAGUGGCGACAGACUAUCUCCUAUCUGAAAGGAUAUUCCUACCUAAAGCUUUAUUGCAAGAAACAGAAUAAUCAGAAACCUAGGGCGAACAUAGUUAGCACUACAAGAAGAACAGCUUUAUGCUGAGUGCGCGGUAAUAUUAAAGAACUUCUAGUCAUCAAACUUACGUUGUAUUUGUCCCUCUCUUUUGGAAAGAAAUCUUAACAAGGCAAAAUAUAGUGUCUACGAACUAUCAAGAGUUUUUAGAUUCGCUGGUUCUCGUUUUGAAGAGAAAUAAGCCCACCAACUCCAGUACCUCUAACCAUCCAUUUUUCAGCUGCAAUGAAAACCCUUGUAUUUGGUAAUUUAUUCAUGCUGUUUAGAAUUGCCAUCUCAUUCGCGCGGGAAGUUUACCACUUGGGAAUAAAGAGGAAGACAAAUAUGACAAUCUUCUUAUUCUUCUCAUUAUCCCCAACAGCCAACUGCCCGUGCGAAUGUGAUGGUAAGUCUUAAAAGCGUAAAUAAAUUACCAAAUACAAAGGGGACAGCCAGGACUUUUUUUCUGUGCUUCCUUGAGCAAACAAUUGGACGACAACCCACGUCAUGACCAGCUGCCAUCCAAGAGCAUACCGACGUCCCUGGCCACAACGUCUCACUAGAUAACGCAAGGAUCCUGGCAAGAGAAGAGAAUCUUAGCCAAGGAAAGAUCAAGUAGCCCUCCGAAUAAACUGCAGCCACCCGGCCCUCAGCCGCGACCGAGUUUACGAGAGCACGCUCGCGUUGGUCAGUUUCGCGUCUUGAAAAAGGCAAUUUGCAGUUUUCGAAACUUCGACUUAAGUUUCUAUUUGUUUCUGUGUUGUAAAUUUAUUUUCAAUGGCCUUGUAAGACUCCCCACGUGAGCAUUACAUCAUGCCUCAUUGUGAUUGGCCCAUUUUUCUUGAAAGGAUAUGCACAAAUCGACACUUACUCCGUCUCGAUGAAGGCAGCCUGUUGCUUUCAUUCCUUAAAACCACUGAUGGGCUUGGAUUAUUCCCUCGCGGAGGACGCAACUACUGGUAAAACAUAGCAAGCCACAAAGUAUAAAACUUAUUGUGGCCUUAAGUUACCUCGCCAAGCAAAUAAUCCAACUAUGACGGAAUCACCGAAAUCAGCAAAAUACAUCUGCACCAUGUUAGGCCGACAAAAUCGUUUUCAAGCCACUAGCUGAAACCAAUCCACCGCGGUAAUCCAUUGUCAAUGUAGCUUCUGUUCUCAUUCAGAACUACUAGCGUAGUGACUUCAAACAGCAUGACAAGCUUUGCACAAGCCUUGUACAACCUACCAACGAAGUUGUUUUGCUCGGCUGUUUAGCUUUGUAAGUGUACCAAAUAUUCAAAUGUACAGUUACUUUGGCGGUAUUUUCUGUGUUUUUCUAGUGUUACAUUUUAUGGCAGUCUUAUUGAGGCUUUGUCUUUAUGCCUCAAAUGAUUUUCUCUGGUCAUUAAUUCUUUCCUCUGCGAGUGAAAAAUAUUUAGCCCGCCAUCAGUUAAGCAAUAUACUUUUGCAUCGAUUUUGCUUACGCCAUUUCUUCGGCAACUUUAGUUUAUCAAGUGGACGGUGGUAAAAACGAACACCACAAACAGAUUUAAAACAGUUUCUAGACCGAAGAACCGUAAUAGUUUAAACUCUACCAUUCGGCGAAGAAACUAUAAAUAUUUUGCUUCUUUUUCGCAGACAGUCUGUUUACUUUAGGUGCUUCAGUAAGGGGAGCGUCAGAAGAUAAGGUUAUGAGUUUUCCUGAUCGAUACACACUAAGGACAGAGACUUUUCGCCAUAGAGAAUACGAUUAAUCCUGUUCAUAAUCAUCAAUACCUUUCCGUCAUUGUUGUUUCUAGAAUUCUGUUGUUGAAUUCAAGAGUAAACGAACUAAACGAAGGUGAUAUGGCGCGCAGCACGAACAAAAUAUCCCAUGCAGCCAGUAAUCCAAUCCUUACCACAUGCCCCUCAUCUCAUUAAAACUUAUCAUAAACGCAGAUUAACCUUGUAAAGAUAGAUUACAUCUCUAACAUUAGUUUUAGGAAAUAUGCCCAUGGCCACGCAGCAUAAAGUGAAAACAGGGGCGGAUCCAGGAUUUUUCUUAGGAGGGGGUGCACCACUAAGGAACUACCAUUUUAAGGGCAUUAAACAUAUAAAUUCUUCAACCUCGCCUCAUGUUUUACUUCAACACCAAUAAACCACAAAGGUUUUUUUUUGAAAGAAUACCAGUUGAAUUAAAAAGCCGCAGGUCAUGUCAGGGGUGGGAAUGCGCACCCCCUGCCCCCUGCACCCUCCCCCCCCCGCCUGAUGCUCCCCUGGAAAAUUGUUGUCGACGCUCAUACGGAAUUAUCUCUUCUGUUUAACAGAUGUGUGGCAAAUGGACAAGCUUAGUAUUGUUCCUGAACCGAGUCUUAAAUCCGCACAUGAGGGAGAAUCCGUUGAAGACCCUAACGACGACAUUUCCAUGGAUCCAGGUGAACUGCCUAUGGCAACGGCAUGUCGAGUGACAGACAUUCGCGCAGCAACCAUAAUGUUUGAAGCUAAGCACGAGGAAUGCAUUCGUGUGUUGCCAUAUACAAAGGAUGGUCAGAUUGUGGUUCAGUUUUACGUCUAUAGUGGGGAGUCUCGUAUUCCAAAAGAUUUAAAGGAUAAAGCCCAAACGUUUUUCGAAGACAUGCAUGUGAAGCUGGAAUGGUCAGAUCUGUUUAACGACAGCGUCAACAUACUGAAUGUUCAACGACUCGAGUAUCCAUUUGGAAAACCCACACCAUUGACUGCUUCUCAGGUUGACGAAAUGAAUGAAGUGAUUGAAAAGAACCUUCCUGAACUUUCUAAGCAUCGCAAUAUUACAUCUGUGCAGGCCUCUUUCAAAAUCACACAUUUUAAGCAAACGGUUGAGCCCUGUAUUACGAUUCAUGUGCUUGGUAAGGGCCUAAUUCCAUUUGGCGAGUCUGUGUUUCCAAAUGACUUGGAGGGGUACCCCGUGGAUGUUGUGAAUGGGUUCUGGAGAAGAGCUGUACUCAUUGAUACCCAAGAGGCUAAAAGAGAGGCACAAGAGCACAAUGAGGACGGGCUUAAAUUUGGAGCAAGCAUUGGCGUACAGGGAAAGGUAGCGUCGGGGACACUAGGUGCUAUUGUGAAAAGCGGUAGCAGUUACUAUGCUCUGUCCUGUGAUCAUGUAAUGAACUCGGAAGAGUCAAGGAGUAUUGUUCAUCCUGGACUUUACGACCACCUAAAGUAUCUGAAAUGUUCCUUAAGAGGAUAUAUAAGUUGGUUAGAAAAGCUACCUAACGUGAAAAUCGAUAGCAACGAAACCGAAAAGAAACUUAAAGAUCUUUCAUCGAAGGAGGAACUGGAAAACAUAUUCAAGCAGAUGAAGUCCAAAAGGAGUGAUUUCGACAGCAGGUCCACCGAUGAGACUGAAAAAAAUGUUGCCCUUAAUAAGAUUAAAAAAAAUGUUGCAGCAGUGGAGAAAGAUAUUGAGGAAAUGCUCGAAAAGCCGCCAAGAGUAAUAGGGGAGUACCGCGGUGGUUUCAGUGGUAAUGUUAAAUGGACUGAUGACAAGGAAUAUUACAUCGAUGCUGCCAUUGCAAAGUUGUCUGACGAGGAAGUAGAAAACAUACAAAAAAAUGGAGCUCAAUUGCAUGACACUCUUUUCAAACCAGGGACAGAAUGCUAUUCCCCCAAAGAAAUAUAUGAAGCCAACAAGCUUUUUAAGAGUGGGCGAACAACAGGAUGUACCGAGAUUGACAACGUGAACAACAUUUUAAAAGCUACUACUGCGCCGCAGUUUAUACGGGAACGUUCACAGAGUACGUUCGACGGUCCACUCCUCACUUCUUCAGCGGGAGUGUACCGUUGUGAAAACUGUAGACGAAGUUCCAUCGUUCGAUUUGAAAGUGGAGCACCUCGUCAGUGUAGCAACUGCGAUCAAAUCGAAGAAAGGUUGCCUGGAAGCCUUUGGUUUAAAAGGUGUUUGUGCAUCCAACAUGUGCACUCAAAGCCUUUCGCAAGUGAUGGGGAUUCUGGAUCGGUGAUCUUCGGACAGCCAGAUGGAGACAGCAACCUCAAAGGUCUUGGUCUUCUCUUCGGUUUACUAGAGCAUCAAAAUCAUGAUUAUAUUUUGGCAUCACCACUGGAUGUUGUUCUAAAUGUUUUCACCAGGGAACUCCUAGGUGGCAGCGAUUUGAAACUGGUUGGGAACACUAACCCCUAG